GUGUACACAAAGAUCACAGGUUACAUCUGGGAUUUCAUUAUGCAUGCCUAAUGAGCACAUUGAUGAGAACUCCCCAGGCCCUUGUAAAAGUAGCUGAAAAAAGAGCUGCUGAUAAGGCACUGAAUAGCUUCUCUCCUAAAGCUUUCCUUUGGAGUUGAGAUAUUUAAAGCCGGCAAAGAUAAUGGAGAGAAAAUUGGACAAUAAAAUGCGAAGGGAGCUGUCCUGCCUAGCUACUUUGAACAACAAAAACAUAACCCUGGUGUCCAUUCGAAAGCAGCAGGCAGCUCACGAUGUGCCUGAACUACUGAUUAUUGGUGAAGGGUCCAAAGCAGGGUCUCUGCUAGAAGCAAGCAGCAACUUGCAGAAAGAAGAGAAAGUUUUGCAGCGUAACUCCAUGGGAAUGCCAGAAGUCAAUACAACUGGAAGGCAGGUUUUGUCCAAUGCUGACUCUCCUCCUAGCUGUGCGCUGGAACCUGAAAUGAAACAGAAUUUUGCUUUUGACAACAUGGGCUACGAGGAGACCUUUGAAGCCAUGCCCUCAUCAUCUUCCCAGGAACGCACUGUUGCAGUCAAUGUUGUGGGAAUGACUUGUCAAUCUUGUGUGCAGUCGAUAGAAGGACGAAUUUCCAAAGUUAAGGGUGUUGUGAGUAUUAAAGUCUCCCUUGAACUGAAUAAUGCUUUAGUAAAAUAUCUACAGUCAGAAAUAAGCCCUGAACAGAUUUGCCAAGAAAUAGAGGAUAUGGGCUUUGACGCCAAUGUAGCAGAAGAAAGGUUGACACCAGUAUCUGUAAAUUUGCCAUGCUCGAGAGAAGCAGUAAUGAAGCUUCGGAUAGAAGGCAUGACGUGCCAGUCCUGCGUCACCAGCAUUGAAGGAAAGAUUAAGAAGCUUCACGGUGUGGCAAAAAUCAAGGUGUCACUCAGUAACCAGGAAGCAGUUAUUGCUUACCAUCCUUACAUCAUUCAGCCUGAGGAACUUAGGAGCCACAUCAGUAACCUGGGGUACGACUGCACCAUUAAGAGUAAAUCAGCACCUUUGAAGCUUGGUGUGCUUGAUGUCAGGAACCUGCAGAGUGCAGACCCCAAGAAGACACCAGCAUCUCUCGAGAGUGAGGGUUUGCAUCCGCUGAUUGCCAACAACAGCAGCACAGCUACAGUGACUGUACAUAUAGAAGGCAUGCACUGCAAAUCUUGUGUCAGAAACAUUGAAGGAAAUAUAUCCUCUCUUCCAGGCAUACAAAGUAUUGAAGUCUCCUUGGAGCAUAAAUGUGCUGUUGUACAGUAUAGCCCCAAUUUAAUUACCUUGCCUGCUUUGCAGCAAGCUAUUGAAUCCCUUCCACCUGGAAACUUUAAAGUUUGCCUCCCUAAUACUUCAGAAGCAAAUAACCAGGCAUCUCCAUCUCCUGCUUUGGUAUGUGAUCUCUUCAGAGAGCCACUGAAAGACACAAUGUGCACAGCUGUUAUUAGGAUUGAUGGCAUGACCUGCAAUUCCUGUGUACAGUCCAUAGAAGGAACAAUAUCUCAGAGACAAGGUGUGCAGCAUGUAGCAGUUUCUUUAGCUGACAAGACUGGGACCAUACAUUAUGAUCCAGCAAACACGAAUGGUGAGGAGUUGAGAGCUGCCAUAGAAGAAAUGGGGUUUGAUGCAUCUUUGCUGACAGAUAUUGGUGCAGGAGAAUACAAGCAUUGCCCUGAUGCCAGUAGCACCGCAGCGCAGCCUCGAGUCCCAGAGCCUCCUCACCAGGGUUGUGUCUCCGAUGCACUUCCAGACAGCCCUCACCCUGAUGAGCCAAACCAACCCAGCGGAGCAACAGCCAAGAAGUGUUUUUUACAAGUCACUGGCAUGACCUGUGCAUCGUGUGUGUCUACCAUUGAAAGAAAUUUGCAGAAAGAAGAAGGUAUUGUUUCAGUGUUGGUAGCACUGAUGGCAGGUAAAGCAGAGAUAAAAUACAAGCCUGACUUGAUACAGCCUCUUGAAAUAGCACAGUUGAUCCAGAAUUUGGGUUUUGAAGCCACUGUCAUAGAAGAUCAUUCAGAAAUAGAAGGAAAUGUGGAGCUGCUUAUUACGGGGAUGACUUGUGCCUCCUGUGUUCACAAUAUUGAAUCCAAACUUAUGAGAACAAACGGCAUAUUCUACGCCUCAGUUGCUCUUGCUACUUGCAAAGCUCACAUCCAGUUUGAUCCUGAAAUUACAGGACCUCGAGAUAUUAUAAAAAUAAUUGAGGGAAUUGGCUUUCAUGCUUCUGUGUCUAGAAGAGUUCCAAAUACACAUAACUUGGAUCACAGAAAGGAAAUACAGCAGUGGAGGAAGUCUUUUUUGUGCAGCCUUGUGUUUGGUAUUCCUGUCUUAAUCCUAAUGAUUUAUAUGCUAAUACCUGGCGGCGAACACCACGGGGCUAUGGUGCUGGAGCAGAAUCUCAUUCCUGGAUUAUCUAUUUUAAAUCUUCUCUUCUUUGUCCUGUGCACUUUUGUUCAGUUUCUUGGUGGAUGGUAUUUUUACAUACAAGCUUACAAGUCACUGAAGCACAAGGCAGCCAAUAUGGAUGUGCUUAUCGUACUGGCCACAACAAUUGCUUACGUGUAUUCAUGUGUGAUCCUGUUGGUGGCAAUAAUUGAAAAGGCAGAGAAAAGCCCUGUCACUUUCUUUGACACUCCUCCAAUGCUGUUUGUAUUCAUUGCCCUUGGGAGAUGGCUUGAACAUAUAGCAAAGAGUAAGACCUCAGAAGCUCUUGCUAAACUUAUAUCUCUCCAAGCCACGGAAGCCACUGUGGUGACUCUUGGACCUGACCACACUAUCAUCAGAGAGGAGCAGGUACCUGUUGAACUGGUUCAAAGGGGUGAUAUUGUAAAGGUUGUUCCAGGUGGAAAGUUCCCAGUGGAUGGGAAGGUCAUUGAAGGCAAUUCUAUGGCAGACGAGUCUCUCAUUACUGGGGAAGCUAUGCCUGUCACUAAAAAGCCUGGGAGCACAGUGAUUGCUGGCUCUAUAAAUGCACAUGGCUCAGUUCUUGUUAACGCAACUCAUGUUGGUAAUGAUACCACCCUGGCACAGAUAGUGAAAUUGGUGGAAGAAGCUCAAAUGUCAAAGGCACCAAUCCAGCAACUGGCAGAUAAGUUUAGUGGAUAUUUUGUUCCAUUUAUCAUCAUAAUUUCUACAGUGACUUUGAUAGUAUGGAUCACAAUUGGUUUUAUAAAUUUUGAUAUUAUUCAGAAAUAUUUUCCUAAUCAGAACAAGCACCUUUCAAAAGCUGAACUAAUACUGAGGUUUGCAUUUCAAACCUCAAUCACUGUGCUGAGCAUUGCAUGCCCCUGUUCUUUAGGCUUGGCUACCCCAACAGCUGUGAUGGUGGGCACAGGAGUUGCUGCGCAGAAUGGUAUUCUCAUCAAAGGCGGAAAACCCCUGGAAAUGGCACACAAGAUCAAGACUGUGAUGUUUGAUAAAACGGGGACCAUUACUUGUGGAGUCCCUAAAGUCAUGAGGGUUCUUCUGCUGGGAGACACAGCCGUGCUCUCUCUGAAGAAGGUACUGGCAGUGGUCGGCACUGCAGAAGCCAGCAGUGAGCAUCCUUUAGGAGUGGCGGUCACUAAAUACUGCAAAGAGGAGCUUGGAACUCAGAGCCUGGGAUACUGCACCAACUUCCAGGCAGUCCCAGGUUGUGGCAUCAGCUGCAAAGUAGGUGGUGUUGAGGCUGUCGUGGGCAUGGCUGAGGAGGGUGUUGAUAAGUUGGACGCUAACAAGAGUGGGGACAGCAGUGCUCCUGUGGGAGAUGACACACUGAUCACACUUUCUGAAUCGAAUGGUUCAUCAUCUUCCCACACAUACUCAGUAUUGAUUGGAAAUCGUGAGUGGAUGCGACGGAAUGGCUUGCACAUUGCAAAUGAUGUCAAUGAUGCCAUGACAGACCAUGAAACUAAAGGACAGACAGCCAUAUUAGUGGCUAUAGAUGGUGCCUUAUGUGGAAUGAUUGCAAUCGCAGACACUGUCAAGCAGGAGGCAGCCCUGGCUGUGCACACACUGAAAAACAUGGGAAUAGAUGUAGUGCUGAUAACGGGCGACAACAGGAAAACUGCAAAAGCCAUUGCUACUCAGGUUGGGAUCAAAAAAGUCUUUGCUGAGGUUCUUCCUUCUCACAAAGUUGCAAAGGUCCAAGAACUCCAAAAUGAGAGGAGAAGGGUUGCGAUGGUUGGUGACGGAGUCAAUGAUUCCCCUGCGCUAGCCAGGGCCGACAUUGGAAUUGCAAUUGGAACGGGUACCGAUGUUGCCAUUGAAGCAGCAGAUGUUGUUCUUAUCCGAGUGAGCACUGCAGUUUUGACCUGCCUUCUGUCACUUUUUGUAGCUCUUUUCAGUUCAGUAUUCAAAAGACUGCAUGUGGAAUACUUUCAGUGCGCUUCUGUCUUACAGAAUGACUUGCUGGAUGUAGUUGCCAGUAUUCACUUAUCGAAGAGAACAGUGAGGAGAAUACGAAUAAAUCUGAUUCUUGCCUUAAUUUAUAAUCUGCUUGGAAUACCAAUAGCAGCAGGUGUGUUCAUGCCUGCUGGUCUUGUGCUUCAGCCUUGGAUGGGAUCAGCUGCCAUGGCAGCUUCUUCUGUGUCUGUCGUGCUGUCUUCCCUGCAGCUGAAAUGUUAUAAGAAGCCAGACACAGAAAGUUAUGAAGCUCAAGCUCAAGGCCGCAUGAAGCCACUUACUCCUUCCCAAAUCAGUGUUCAUAUUGGAAUGGAUGAUAGGAGGAGGGAUUCAUCCAGAUCGGCUCCUUGGGAUCAAAUUAGUCAAGUUUCUCUCUCUUCCUUGACUUCAGACAAGCUCCCGAGACAAAAUGGGUUUUUUGAGGAGGAAGGGGACAAGUGGUCACUGCUGAUGAAUGGAGGAGAUGAAGAACAGUACAUCUGAAGUGUUGUGUUCUCAGUACAGCAGGGAAUGUUCCACCUCACCAGUGACAACAGGGACUGAGUCAUGUCAUCAAGAGUCUCAAGGUUUUAAGUGAAAUUAUUCCUCUGGCUCAUAAAACAAUUACAAUUCAGUUUUGUGUUGUAUGGAUUGUGGAUUUUUUCAGGUCACCAGUUAUUCCUAGUCACUGAAAGAAUCUGUGACUCUAUUGUGCUCAUUUGCACGUAGCAAUUAGUGAAAUAAUGAAACAAUAGUAAUUUUCAGAGUCUAAUAGAGUUUCUGUCUUUUGGACUGUCUGCUGGGCACCAAAUUUCAUACUUCACACCCUUUCUAAGUCUAUUCUUUCAAGAGCACAUGAAACAAAAAAUAUGUUCAUAGCCUCCAAAAUCUAUGCCCAUGUGAAAAUAUCCACUGCAUAAGGAGCUCUGUGGUUGGAAUGCACAGAAUCCUAACUAGCCAUGUCACUGUGGGAGCACUUUAUACUUAGGAUUCACGUGCAUCUUCUUGGACCAAAAAAGCUUCAGUGUUUCACUGACUAUAUCUCUCUGAAAAGUCUCUUUCAAAGACUUUCACUUUCUUUCAACUAUCGAACUCUUUUGAUGCACGUUUUCACACUGAACUUGUUCUGUGAUUCCCACUGCUUUCUUAGACUUUUUCUAUUGCUCCAUAGGAGCUCUUUUUUCUUCCCUUUCUCCAAACAAGACAUCUUCUAUGACUUAUUACUAUGUUUACAGAUAUCCCUGUUUGGGAUAAAUUCCUUUAAGUCACUAGGAAUUUUCCAUUCUUAAGGAAACCCAUGAAGGCAGAGCAAUUAGUGAUCUGAGUUAGUACAUAAUUUUCCUGUGGAUAUCUUGCACGAUCCCUGACAGUCCUGGAUAGUUGGCAGUCGGCAAUUUCUUCCCUCUGACCAAGUGAAGAAUUUCUGUCAGUGUGAACGAAGCUGGCAGUUACCACGGAGUGACUGAAAGCAGAACUAUGUCUACAGUUGGUGUGACUCCAGCAUGGCUGGAUGAAGUGAGUUCAUUACAUAAAUCAGCUUACAACCAGCUUACCGGUUGCUUAAAGUGCAGCCAUGAGGUUAAAAGGGAAUGGUUGAAAAGUGGCCUUAAAACGUGGGAUUUCUUGUUGCCAUAGUUUAAGUAAUUCUUCCUGAUGACAGAAGGGUAUGAAGAUCUACAAUAGCUUGAAUUUUAAGGUAAAUGGAUAUCUGUGUUUUCAAUUGGUUUCAAGUUCCUUUUUUACUCUAGUUUAAUAAGAAAUUAAGGUGCUGAGAAACCCACCUUUCACUUCAUUGUCUUUACCAAAGCUGGCAGUAGCUUUAUCACUCUCGGAGGGUUGAAUUCAACCCUUAACACCAUUUAGGGUCGGUACAAUAGGAACCAACUGCUGAAGUGCACUGGACCUGGCCCUGUGGUGCUGUACUGCUGAACUGUGGGACUCUGAAGUAAGCAGCCCAGAGUUUUAUAUUCUGAUUUGAGAG